AAGAUCUCUUAAAUCAUGGGACAUCCUUUAGCCUAGGGGACUCAAGAAUUGCCUACCCCUUUGAGAAAUUUCUCAAAAUGUUAGGUGGAAACAAAAUCUGCAUUUGCCUAACAUUUUACUGUUCAUCCUUUUGAUAACCGUUUCUAGUUGUUGAAGUUUUACACAAAAUGAAUCCAGCUGAAUAAUUUACCACUUAUAACCAUACAAUCAUGUUUAUAUCAGGAGCCAAUAGUCUUUUAUAUUAUAUUAAAGGGACUUGAGAUGGAGCUAACAGCAGACUUGAGUUGAUUUGUAAACGAGAUUGCUUGCCACUUAGGAGUUCAACAUUGCUUGAAGAGAAACAAAAUGAUAACAAAAAUAAGAUUGGAGUAAGGACGCCAUGUUAGAACAAGUUGUGAAUGCAAGAAAUUUGGAGAUCUUGUUCAUUUAUUUAAUUGUUUUAAUUAACCCACUUUGCAAGUGGCUUUAUCCCUGAUAUGUGAAUUAGAUCUUUAACUAAAGGAUCUGACAACACCAAAACUAUAGUCUUCAAAUGACUUAUGUUCAUGAAGUCGAAAAUAAAAUUACAUUUUUUCUUCUUUGCACUUCAUGGUACCAAGAACCCCUGCAAAAUCUGGAGGCUCUGCCAUCAGAAUCUCUUAUCACUAGCAGAAUAUUGGAGCAAGCCACAUUAUAAUAUUUGUAAAUGUUCUUAGGGAUGUUCCUCUUGGAUUAUGUAAUCCAUCAAGAACUGUCAUUCAUGUAUAUAAUGUUAGAAAUAUUUGCAGGAUUGUUGAUUUGUAGUGCUCAUGCUGAACACUGGCACCCUUGCAGAGUGUCAUCACAGUGAUAUUUCCCGCAAUUACUUACUUAUAUGCCCUUGUUCAGUGAGGAGGUAAACAUGUUGAAAUUUGCUAACAUGAAUCAUGCCAAAACUCCUUUGGACAGUAGCAGUAGUAGAUACUCUGAACUCUUAUUUUUACUUUAUACAAUGAAAUAUAUCUAUCUUCACAUGCGAUUAAAAUAAGAAAUCUCAAUUUGUUGAUUUGACUUGGGCUCAACAUGGCUGUAGCCCAAAUAGAAAAGAUGGUGAAGUUUGGCCCUGUUGUGUACUUAAAUUUGGAUUCAAAUAGGUACCAAAGGCGCAUAUGCUUCCAUUAGAAGAGAGGCACCAUAAUUAAUACUUAAAUGCAACUGCUAGUAAAAAAGGGGUAUGUAUCAGUGCAAGCUUCUCAACAGGUUUGAAGCUGAAUCAUUUACAUGAAAGUUUAAAAAUGGAAAGACACUUGAACUGCUACCUCAGUGGUAUAAUUCUGUAUGGAACUCUGGGAUUUACUCAUUAGAAUCAGACAGAAACCAAUGUGAAAAUCAUGUCAAAUCUUACAUGGUUAUUUUCUCAUCCUUGUGUGUCCUACAGUUGCUUUCAUCUGCACUUAAGCAUGUCUGUACAAGCAUCUUGAAUAACCAUUUAUAAAGAAAUAUGUAGUCAUAUAUAGUUUUAUUAAAUGUGCAACAUGUGGGGACUGAUUUUUAUGAUUGAUCAACUGGUCCAUGGUGAGAUAACUGAAAUUUUCUCAGAAGUUUCCCAUAUGCAUUGUAUUAUCCUUCUUUUUAUAAGUUGUAUGAAGUUGACUGGUUUAUGCAGAUGUUUUAGGCUGAAGAAGGAGAUUAACACAUAUGAUAUAUUUGCUGUCAAGAUCUAGUUCAAAAUUCGCUUAUGUGAAAUUUGGGUGUGUGAAUUUCAAUACAAGGCUUGUAUCAACUUAAAAUCAAUUAGUAGUAAGUGAAGUAGUCUUUUCUUGUAUUUAAUUUGCAUGCUUCUUUUUUAUUUUAUUG